UACAAUCAGUAUUAUAUUGUAGAUAGGGUAUCAUGAAUGAGUAUGUCUUACUAUAUGUCUGUCUAUUCGACAAUUUAUUCACUUUCAUAGAAUCAUCAUCAUCAUCAUUUUCUCACUUAGAAACAAUCAAUAACCAUCUCUAUGUAAAAACUGAUAAACAAAUACAUAUAUACACACACAUACAUAGAUACAUAUAGCUAUGUAGGUAUGUAAGUAUGCAUGUGUAUCCCUUAGUAACAAAAUCAUUUUUGAAGAUGAUCAAAUAGGUGUAUAUUCAUUACAUUUUAUUAAGGAGGUCUUUCAGCAUUAAACUACCUACCUAUACUUACCUACCUACUUAUUUAGUUACUUACUUACUUAGUUACAUGUCAUCUAUAGUAAACGAAGAGAUUGACUAUAGUUUUAAUCCACUAAUCUAGUUCAAAUGUAUUAAAAUAAAUGAUUCAUGUGAAGAAUAAUCAUUCGAAUUGUUGUCAUGUAGAACAACUUAAAGAUUUAAAGAAAAUUCAUUUGAAACACUUAAAUAUUCAUUAUAACAAAACAACAACAACAACAACAUGAAUUUGGAUAAUAUUAAACGAAGACAGUUUAUGUUGAUGUAGAAAAUCUUUGUCAUUAUCAUCAUUAUCAUUAUCACCUUCUUCAUCAACAUCUUCGUCAACAUCAUCAACAUUUUCAUCAGGAUCAGAUUCAUGUGACUUGUCGUUGACAACUUCAUCAGUAACUUAUUCAAUAUCUGGAUUAUCAAUGAAUGAUCAUCCGCCUCCACCUUAUCCUCCAUCUUAUCCUCCUCAUCAAGUAAAUAUGAUUCAUUGUGAAAAUUCAUUAACAACUAAAAAUAAUUCACAAUAUCGUAAAGAUUUUUUAAGAAAAUUUCGAUUAGACAAUUCAUCAUGGUUAUUUUCAUGUAAUAAUCAUAAAUAUAAAGAAUGUUCUAAGAAGAAAAUGACACUACAAUUCACUGAACAAUUACAGAUAGAGUCUACAUUGAACUUAUUAGAUAACAUUGAUCCCGAUCAACUAUACUGUAUCCUAACUGAAGUGAUUCAUCAAUUAUUCAAUACAAGUCGUUUUGUAUCGAUUCAACAAUUGGAUUCAUCAAAGUUGGAAUUAAUAAAUAAUAUUGGAACUUUCACAAUUGAUCAUUCAUUAAUUUUAAAGCAUCGAAAUGAAUGGAAAACACAUUCUACAGGAAAAUCUAGUACAAAAUCUAUUCAUAAUAAAACACAUAAUUGUAUUGUCUUCAACUUUAGUAAUGAGGCAAUAUCAUAUGGUAAUAAUGUAAAAAGUUUUGUAGUCAAGGUAAAUCACAUCAAAAAUACAGAAUUACGUAAUUUAUUAUUACUCAAUAAAGAUACAAUUAAAAAAGAGAACUAUGUGGUUAUUUGCAUAAUCUAUGAAAAUGGUAAUUCAAUGAAUGGGAUUCUAAUAUCGUUUAUUGUUAAAACAUUUUUGGACAGUGAUAGAAAAUUACUAGAAAUGUUUACUGUUAAGUUAAAGACAUUCAAUGAAGUAAUCAGGAAGUAUGUGAUGAAAUCAUCAAUGGAACUUCAAUAUAACUUACAAAAUAAUUAUUCCAUUCCUUUAGAAGAACUCAACUAUCCCAAUUUAGUUACUCUAUCAAAGGAUCUAUUACAUCAGAUAAUUGAGAAAACGAAUUAUACAAAUUGUGUGUUAAUAUUCAGUACAGAUGAAUCGAAUCAGUUAUUAUGUAUAGCUUCAUCAGAUGAGUUAUUUACAGGUCAAAUGAAAAUAGACGUUGAAAAACCUCUACUCGAAAAUAAUUCACAUUUAUUCAAUGAUUCAACCAUACAAGAAAUUGAACAGAUCGAUAUAAUUGAUAUUAUUCAAAGACUAUUCAAUGAUAAACCAUUCGAAUUAUUAUUUCAAUCUAAUCAAAAGAAAUUCAUCUUCUAUCAUCUUGGCUCAUUUCUUAAACAGAAUAUCAUUCUAUCCAAUAUAACAACUAUAGAUAAUAAUGAUAAUAAUCCUAUUGUAAAUGUUUCUAUUAUACUUUGUUUAUGGUCUAUAUGUUCUACACAUUAUUCAAAUAAUGAAAAUGACCUAAUUAUUGGGUAAGUAUUCAAGUGAUCUAUCUGCUUUAAAUGGUUUCUAUUCCCUAUGAUAUAAUCACCAAAUAGUUACGAUUGAUACAUUCAGAUAUAAGGAGUAAAGUGAAUUUGAUGAAUUUAACUAACAGUAUUAGGG